AACUCCCUGUGGCCGUUUGAUUAAAUUAUAACCUACGGGUGGUUUCUGAGAACAUGCUCUUCGUAAUCUACUCCUUCGUUCUCACCGUUUUGGCUUCCCUUAUACCAGAAGGACAAGGUAACUGCCGUAAUUUGAAGUUUACCAGUUUUCCUAAACCUGGCUACAGGUUGGAGAAUCACACAGUUCGAACUAUUAAAGUAUUGGACGAGGAUCUCUGCAUGGCGCAAUGCUACUUGGAACCUAACUGCGUCAGUUACAACUUCCAUAAGAUAAGACAGCUGUCUGGAACACACAAUUGCGAUCUGAAUAACGCUACUAUUGAACAUGAUGAAGAUUUGGUGAAGAACGAAAGUUAUAUUUACCGCGGAGCUGAGAAUGCUUGCGCCAGAAACCCAUGCAAGAAUAAUGCAAAAUGCCAAGCAGGGUUUACAGACAGAGAUUAUCAGUGUUUAUGUGUUCUUGGAUCUGGAUUUGAAGGCCAUGACUGUGAUGAAGAUUUGGACGAAUGUACUGUUGGAACACAUGAAUGUGAAGAGAAUGCUGAGUGCAACAAUACCUUGGGAUCUUACAAGUGUACUUGUAAAGUUGGAUUUCAAGGAAAUGGAACCAACUGCACAGAUUUAGACGAAUGCAGCGACGGAACACACAACUGUGAUGUGAAUGCGGAGUGUAACAAUACCUUGGGAUCUUACAAGUGCUCGUGUAAGGAUGGGUUUCAUGGAAAUGGAACUAACUGCACAGACUUGGACGAAUGUGCUGACUUAGGAAAUGCCUGUGACGAGAAUGCUGAGUGUAACAAUAUCUUAGGAUCUUACAAGUGCACGUGUAGAGAUGGAUUUCAUGGAAAUGGAACGAACUGCACUGACUUGGACGAAUGUACUGACAGAACGCACGAAUGCAAUGUGAAUGCUGAGUGUAACAAUACCUUGGGAUCUCACAAGUGCACGUGCAAAGAUGGAUUCCAAGGAAGCGGAAUUCACUGCACAGAUAUGGAUGAGUGUGCUGACGCAAAGCACGCCUGCGGUGAGAAUGCUAAAUGUAUGAAUGACCUAGGAUCAUACCACUGCAGUUGCAAGGAAGGAUUUCGUGGAAAUGGCACAAACUGCACUGGAUUUACAGCUGUGUUUACAAAUCUUGAUAGGAGAGGAAGGAGAGGUCCAAACUCGAUUAGUAGUCAUUACACAGGUCAGGAUCAUGACGGACAAGUUGCACUGUCCAGUGGUAUUCAACAGUGGACUGUGCCACACACUGGCGAAUACAGAAUAGAAGCAACAGGAGCCUCAGGGGGGUACGGUGAGGACAGUAUCAUCAAGAACGGAGGAAGAGGGGCACGAAUGAUUGGAAACUUUCAUUUGAUCAAAGAUGAGAUCAUAAGUGUCCUUGUUGGUCAAAAAGGGAAAACAGGGAAUAUCAACAAUCAAACUGCUGGAGGCGGAGGAGGUACAUUUGUAGUGAGAGGAAGCAACACGUCUUUGAUCAUAGCUGGAGGUGGAGGGGGAAUUAAAGCAAUGUCAGAACAACAUCCGGGAUGCGAUGCGUCCAUAAGCACCACAGGGAAUUCAGGGAACAACUUGCCACUGGAGUCAGGGGGAGAAAAUGGACAUGGAGGACAUACCAAUGGUGGGGAUUCUGGUGGUGGUGGCGGCGGCUUCUACGCAAAUGGACAGGAUUCAACGUGUGGAAAGCAGUAUUGUGGGGAGAAGGGGAAAGGAGGUUCAGGAUAUCUUCAGGAGGGAGAAGGUGGACAGUAUGGAAGUGGCUUCGGAGGUGGCGGUGGUUUUCGUUCAGGAAACAGGGGACCGGGCGGAGGUGGAGGUUAUUCUGGGGGAAGUGGCGGGGCUAAUGAAAAUAUUUCCUGUGGGGGAGGGGGAGGAUCUUUUAAUGGUGGAACAAAUCAGUGUAAUGAGUGUUGCUAUAAUAGCGUUGGUCAUGGCCGGGUACACAUCACAUUUCUCCAGUGAAGAGCACGUGGCAACACUUUUGUUAACGUUUAAUGGUAAACUACUUUUGCUUAAGCGUUACCUUAAAGCAAAUACAGUUUCCAAUCGAUCAAUAAAUAAACAGGUAAAGAAUAAGCACUUGUUAAUAUUUUGCUUCAAAAAAAAUUUAUGAAGUCAGUUCUUCAUAUUCUUGUAGAUUUCAAUUAUCGUAUUUCCUCGAAUAGACUUCCACCAGGCGCUUACGUAAAAAUUUCGGCUGAGAGGAGGGGCGGUUAUUGAAAGGAGUGCGCUUAAUUGAGGGAAUUAUAUGGAAUCUAUUUACCUGUCUUGGUUUCACUGUAGCUGAAGCUUAAAAAGUUCAUUAUAAGGUGGCAAUACAAACAGGUUUUCCUUGUAUUCCUGCUAUUUGAGAAUUGAGGGAGGAUUGGGGGCGCGUAUUUGAGGGGGACGCUUGUUUGAUGUUAUGGGCAAGGGGAGAGGUGCCAGGCCCGUCCCGAUAUAUUUUGGCCUAUCAUCCGUUAUUAUAUUAGACAAGGAUCGCAGUAGGCCUGCGAAACGUUGUAUUCAAAAGGUUGAUAAACAUCCACGAAAUUUGCAUAAAUUGAAGUUUUCUUUGAAAUUGUUUGCCUUUUUCGUGCUUGCCAUGUGUUCUUAACCUUAACUGUGUUAAAAGAUUGCUUAGAAAGGCAAAAAUUGCUCGAGUUUGCUAGAACCGCAAAAAGUUCCUUCAAACGCCAAAAGUUGCUCAAACGUUGCCGGAUGCAAACGAAACAGGCCCAGUGGGUGCUUAUUUGUGUGAGGGCGCUUAUUAGAGUCUGAGCGCUUAUUCGAAGAAAUACGGUAUUACAUAUCUAGAAACGAGUUUCAAUUGAAUGUGAAAGUUUAUCAUGCAAUCACUUUGAUUUUCUUGAUCAGCUCAAACCAAACUCGAUUCUCAAUUUUCGUAUGACCAGUUAGACCCAGUAUCUUUGUUUGUCUGCCCUAUGGGCCGACAGAGCCUCUUUAUAUCACUGGCGCUGGUGGCAAACUAUCCUCAAAAACUAAUGUUUAGAUUUUUGAUACAUAUGGCUUCCUUAGUUGAUAAUCACCAAACUUCAUCAUUUGUGGAUAUUGUGGUUUUUAUUUCACGAUUCUCAUGAAAAGCGUUUCGCUCCACGUCUACCAGUAUCCAGUAAAAUAGAAAACUGGCCCAGUAUUGGCGCCACAUUGUCGACUAAUGUUGUGUUACGAGAGGUUGAUGUAUAUAGGUAACGGUGGGGGGUGGGGGAGAGGAAAUAUUUUAAGGGAAAUAUUUCUAAGAUAACAAACGUUCAAGUUAACUGAGUUCGACUUAGCAGGUUACUACGGUAUUAGAAAACUAGAUUCAGUCACCGUCUCAGUAAUCAGAAUGAAUCAAUUCGAAUCUGAUUCAUUUUCCAUUAUGCAAGGUACUAUUGCGUUUAGAUGUGCCAUAUGAUGGUACGUUCAAAUUUACGCAAAACUUUAUUUACUAGUUAGGUUGUCAUUUUUUUUUUUUGUCAUCGUCUAGAAUAACUUCAGGUGGCUCCUGUGCUCUCUUACUAAAGUGGAAAAGAAUGCUAUACUUGACAUAAAGAAAAGAAGCUUGUGCCUUAUAAUGACUAGAAAUUAAAUAUCGUGAAAAUUUUACUUGCUUCCAAAUACACAAAAACCUUGGGAAAAUGCUUUGUGGGAAUUACAGAAAGGAUCUCUCAGUUUUAGUGUUGACCAAGUAGUAUUUACACAUAGUCUUAACUUAAGUCACUAUGGUAACAUGUUGAUAACUACAGUUGAUUUAAGACAGUAAAGUGGUUUUAUGCUG